AUCUCCUUGCCAGCUUUCCCAUGACGUCCAUCCAGCAUGUCAGCAAAGCUGCCAAUGCGAAGCCCCAGGUGCGUCAGCGAAACGCCAGCCCCGGAGCGAAGCAGAAGUCAGAUAGGGAUCAGGCGCACCAACCGGAAGCAACGCCUUCACGGAAAGCAGCGAAUGAAGCCAAGGUGUUUGCUAGCCACGAAUGGAUGGAAAUGCUUGGGUGGAUAUUCCUCUUGGUGGCAACCCAACUGGUCAUGAUCAUAUACACGAAGAGGUGUACCAAUCAAGCACCUCUUCCCCUGCUCCUUUGCUUCGCACAAUUUGCAAUCUCCGCAAUUUUAUCUGGUAUUGCUUGUUCUUUUCGCAAAGGUUGCCUUUGGGCUCCAAAGGCAGUGCUGCUAGAUGUUUUGCCUUUGAGUGUCGUGUGGACUGGUGGCUUCAUUUUGUUCAAUGCAGCUGCUCUUCACAUGAGCCCAGGCAUGGUGAACGUCAUCCGUUGCAUGGAGCCGGUCGCAACGGUUUCUGUGGGAUUUCUGUUGGGCCAUCGAUUUCGAUGGCAAGUUCUUGCAACUUUGUUGCCCAUUUGCGGAGGAGUUGCAAUGGCAUCUUCCAGUGGCGGCAGCAUCUCAUCAGCUGGAGUCUGCUUUGCAAUGCUCUCCAACUUAGCCUUUUGCUGCAGGACUUUCUGCUUGCAGCGGCUUCAGAGAAACAAACUGAACCAGCUUGAUGAUUUGGCGGUGUUUUUCAACGUCAGCGGGUUGUCGACUUUCCUGAUGCCUGGCCUGGAGCUCGCAGUGGAAGCUUCCGAGGUGUUGCCAGCCGUGCAAAGUCUUAUGUCACGUGGACGGCUUUGGAGCUUUGGAUCGGACAUGUUGGCGAGCAGCAUCGCCUUCUUCUUUUAUCAGUUCAUCCAACUCUUGGUGAUGUCCAAGCUGAGUCCUUUGGCCUUCUCGGUUCUGACACCGAUUGUGAAGGCCUUGAUGAUUGUCACUCUGACUCUGUGUUAUGGGGACAACAUCAGCGCCUUUAGCGCAUCAGGGAUCGCUUUAUCUGUUGGGGGUGGCUAUCUCUUUACACGAGCAAAGUCGGUGACAGAAGUUGCAAAGAAAGCGGCAUAGGCCGUCGAAUCGAAGAGUUGGGGACGACUGAGCCAAAGCUGCCUGAGUCGGGCCGACUCGGCGUUUGCAAAGACCAAACGUCUCCCAGAGCGCCAAAGCAGGAAAUAGAGUUGCCAAGGGCAGCUGUUUUUCAUUUUGUCAUGCACUACUUAGCCCAGAC